UUUCAAAGUGCCACAAAUUAAACAGAUGAAUAUUGUAAAUUUACUGUGCUUAUUUCAUGGUCGACAUAACUUUCAUUUACAUUGUAUAUUACAGAGUUUCCAAAAGUGGUUGGAGUAAUUGAUGGAACCCAGAUUAGAAUAAAAGGACCCAGUGAGAAUGAAACAGAUUUUGUCAACAGAAAGGGUUAUCAUUCUAUAAAUGUACAGGUAAUAUAACCAAUAAAGUGUGUCAUGCACCAUUAUUUUUGAUUCUUUAGAUAAUUAAUACUAAAAGCUGAUAAACAAAUUUCUUUAAAGUAAAAUUAGUGAACAAGUCUUAAUUUAAAUUCUCAACUGUAGACAUAAAUAACUCAAAUUGUCUAUAAGCAUUAUUAUUAGGGAACAGCUGUUGAUAAAUGUAUGUCCAGGUUACAUGUAUCUAUUUCAGAUGGUGUGUGAUUCAAGAUUCAGAGUAACGAAUGUUGUGGCAAAGUGGCCAGGGAGUGUGCAUGACAGUCGAAUUUUUAGGGAAUCAGAACUGUGUAGAAAGUUUGAGAAUGGAGAAAAAGAUGGACUUCUGCUUGGAGACUCGGGAUACCCAUGCAAAAAGUACUUAAUGACGCCAUAUAUGAAUCCCCAAACUGCUGCUCAAGAAAGAUUCAAUUCAUCAUUAACAAAAACGAGGGUUACAGUAGAGCAGACAUUUGGAGUCAUGAAGAGGCGUUUCCCAUGUUUAAGCUACGGACUGAAGGUGAAAACCUGCCACACACCACAGGCCAUCGUUUCCUGUGUCAUUUUACAUAAUUUUGGGAUGGAGAGUGGCGACACAUUUGAAAGACUAGUUAGUUUGUCUUUUGACUCUCCAGAUAAUGUUGAUAUUCAAACUGACCAAGCUGGAGCCAGGUAUAGGGAUGUAUUUGCUUCUACAUACUUUGCCUGAACUUUUGACAGUAUAUUUGCUCUCCUUUUUUAGCUAACGUGCCUCCAGAUAUUUUCUAAAUAAGCAUGUAACACUUGUGAUAAAAACCAUGACAAGUAUGAUUUUUGGGCAACGAUAAUCAAUAAUCUCUUAAAUGUACUGAAAAUCCCUUAAGAACAUGUACCUUAAAAUAUUAAUGGAGACCACACCUGUGAAGUUUGGUAAAAAUCUGUCUUGUUGUUGAAGACAAGAUGUUGUUUAAUGUUACUGCUGUAAAUGACAGACAACAUACACAUGAGUACAAAAUACAUGUAUAUUAUCACUUUAGAAAAUAAACAAGUUAACAGUUAUAUCCUCCAAGUUUAAAGCUAUUAAAUUGAAUUAGUAUUUAAAUAUGAUAAUGAGGAAAGUCAAAUCUUUUCAGUGUUAAUUUAAUUGGUACAUAUGAAAAUUUCUGUUUCAUUUUGCUUGCAAAUUCUCUCAGUAGCUGUAAUAAUCUGGAUGCAUGUUUCUUAAAAGGAAAGCAAAUGCUGUACCUACAUAUAUCAUUUGAUAUUAUUCUUUUUUAUAAAACAGCAGUCAUUGAAAAUAAAAGGAACAUAGCUUGAACAUU